UAGAAUAAUAAGGACUGCACUCAGAAAGGCGAAUAAUUGAAUACGUUAUCAGUUGUUGUCGCUGGCGCACUAUUGAUAUAGAGUUGUGCGGAGAAAGGUACUGCAUAAAACCGGGUUAACAUUUUCUAGAAUCGGGAAGUUAAUGUGAUAUUAACCAUCGAAAGUAAGUGAAUGGUCUGGCGUGUGCUCUGGCUGUCUUAUAGUCAGUGUCCUUCUCACAAAGCGUCCCUGAUUUGGCGCAGAGCAUAGACCAUGGCGAACACAACGUCAACUUCCCCCAACAUCAGUACGUCAGCGGUUGUCAUGACAACGGCACCAACAUCGUCCUACAGCGCGGCGCAGGGCAUGCUGGGAGGGGAAGCCAUCGCCGCCAUUGUGUGCGCGUCCUUCAUCUUCGUCCUGCUGAUACUGGCAGGGGUCAUCGCUGUGGUGCGGGCGGUGAAGAAGAGCAAGAACACGGUCCAGCCGGACAAUGGGGAUAAAAACACGCUGAUUGUUGAGGACGACGCGGCGGCUGACCCAGCCUUGAACUCGAACGAUGCUGAGCAUGGAAACGGGAAGAUAGCGGGCCAAUAACUUGGCAUAAGCUUGGCGCUCAAAUAUCAUGAAUGCAAUGUUAUGUACGUACCAAUCUGAAAAGAAUACCGAAAACGAUGCAACCGGAACAUGGGGAUAAAACACACUGAUUGUUGAGGAUGACGCGGCAGCUGAUGCAGCUAUAAACUCGAAUGAUGCGGAGCAUGAGAAAGCGAACAUAACGGACCCUCAAAUACCAUGAAAGUGAUUCUGGAUCAAGUUGAACUGUAAUUUCCAACAAAAGAAUGGACUUAUCCAAAUUUUCAACUGAUCGACUCCAGUCUUUGUCAAGGAUUCAACAAUCUACUGCUUCAGUGACGUCACGUUAUGUAGAUAGCACAUGUGACUCCGUGAGCAGUGGAUCAUAAGUUGCAGACAGUCGAUGGCGCCCUUCAUCUCUACCAACACAGAUGAACUUUCAAUUUAUCAUCAAUAUGAUGUUAUGUACAUACCCCUCGAAAAAUGCUAGUAAAAACGCGUCAUCUACUGUAUGUCGCGUCAAUGAAGUGUUUCAAUACAGGACAGGACGGGACAGUGAUUGAAUGAAAAUAGAUUUCCUUUUAUUUCUGUAUUCAUGUUAGGUAUUUGUGGUCACCCUGUAUCUUAUGUGAUUUUAUUCUAAUGUAUUACAAGGACGCAUUGAAGAGUAGCUGCUUGUAAAUAGCUAACGUUAAUGGUGGACCCAAACAAAGUUGAAAACAAAACACAGUAUAGCCGGCACAUGCUAGCAAAAAUGGUGAGGACGACGCGUCAACCGAGCCGGACCUAGUUGUGACGUCAAAUGUAGAC